AUGGCCUUAUCAUUCUACGGACUUUUAGAAGCGGCGUUGCUUAUAUUGAACGGUAUCGCUAUAUUACAUCGAGAACGUUUCCUCAAGAAGUACGGCUUUGGGGUCCCCUCAAAUUCGUUCGAGUCUGAUUCAGGGUCGGUGAAAAACCAACUUAUUAAUCUUGUUUUGGCCGUUCAAACGGUUAUGCGUAGUGAGUUUUUAGUGCUUGAUGUGCCACUAAUCGGCAUCAACCUCAUCGUAAUCGUGUUCAAGCUGGUUCUUGGAUAA